CAGUGCGGAGGUAUUUUUUUCUAUUUGCGGGUUGAGCAUCAAUACGGUGUUGGAUUUUUCGUUGGACUCUGCAAACAAACCUAAGUGAUCUAGCCUGGAGAUUUAUGUUGGAUUAUCCAUUGAAGAUCUUAUCAUGUGAACAGUGAUGAAAAAAGCAAACCGUGAUACUUGACGUUCUUAUCAUUAAGAAAUUCAAUCGUUUUCUCGAUAAGUUUGUUUUGGAAAAGUGUAAAAAAGGAUACAUUGACCAGUGAUAUUUAAGAUAAAAAAUCUACCUCGUUAAGAACAAAACAGAAAGAUCAAAACUGUUCUCAGUUGAAAGUGUUGUACGCUAAACUCAAUCAAACUGUGCCCAGAAAAAGUGUAAGUGAAAACUGGAUUUUCCGAGUCUGUCGAUAACGACAUGUCGUCCAAAUAAGCGAAAACGCCUCGCUGGAAGAAAGUUACAUCUCGUGGAGCACUUGUCAAACGCACAUCCGUGGCAAACUCGGGUAACCAAAAAGUGCAGUAAGAUGGAAGUGCGAUGGUACUGGUCAGCUUUCAUUCUGCUCAUAGCUGUGUCCAAUUCCGUGGUGACACACGACAUAACCAGCAGUAGUUCCUCAAGCCACCCCACGCACGGCUACGCAAGUAGUAGAGGGAUCGGUAACAGUAAUAACGAGUCAACCAACCCAGUCAAUCUAAACGAUAAUUUAGAAAAUCAACCCUCAUCGAUGCAUGCCAGUAAAAAACAGGAUAUCGAUGCUAAUUACAAUUUGGAUGAGCUCGCUUCCAGUAUAGAUGCACUGGCAGCCACAAAAAGUGUUAAGAAAUAUCUAAAAAAAGAGAACCAAAAGUACAGAAAAAAGUACAAGCCGGUGGAGGAAAAUCUAGAGGGUGCCGCCGCACAGAGCCAUGAGGAUCAGGCACCACUUAGGCGUGAGCCCAGAGAAUCAGACGGAGCAACGCAGCAGAAAGGCCCAAUUAAUGAGUCGGAGAAACCGCACAGUCGUAAGAAACGUUUGAUUUGGAUAACUGAUGACGGGAGACUGGCACUUCCACCGGGUACUUCAUUGACCAUUGCUCCGACUAUUGCGUUGCCAUUCGUGCGUUACCCUCCGACGGGAUUUCUUUCCAACAUAUCGAUCAGUCUGCCGGUAACGAUUGAUUUCGACAAACUUGGCCUAACGGAUAAUCAAAAUCCGCUGGGAGUGCUUCCGCCACUGUUGGCCCGGUCGAUGGGCCGAGCCGCCGGAAGUAUCCUGGCAGAUUAUGUGUCGGACUACAUGCGAACUCGCAGACGAAAACGCAAUGUGGCCAGUUACGAGAACGAUAACUUCAGAAUCUUUGAAAACACUAUCGAUGGCAAUGAUGGCAUUACGCCACAACUACCGGAAGAGCACAGACACGCGUUUCAUGGAGGCGAAAGAGCUUUACUUUAUACUGUCGUGGAAGAUUUUAUCGCCAAUUUCGGUAUUGAUGGAAAAGCUUGCAUUUUGCGGGCCAUUUGCGAGGUACAUUCGAAGCCGGUUGAAGGUUUUGGAUUGAUUGGUGAAAUGCUGAAAUUGUUCCUAACAGCUUCGUUAUCGCCAUAUUCCGAGCAUUUGGACGAAUACGUCAUGGCGGAAAAUAUUGGUAAAGGUAUCGAAGGACCUGCCGAGUGCUUUCCGUACUUUAAAGAUUGUCCCAAAAGUCUGUUCCGGAUGAAAAGUAACUUAAUGCCUCCUCACGACCAUCCGGAGGAAGAAGUGCACCUGAAUAGCAUAGAUGAGCUUGAGCGCGAUAUUCGAAACGCUCGGAAGCAAGAUUAUGCCUCUAACGAUGAAGGAAUGAUAGAAGUGGAACAGAAUGUACCCAAAAUGGCCAUGUAAUAUCAAUUAUUGUUCCUGUUGGUUGAAAAUCUGUUAAUCGAAAUCGUAUGAAUUUUGGAGUGUUAUAAUUAAUUUCUAAAAUUUGCUAAAGAAGCGUCAGACAAGGGUUCGAAUAUCACUGGGGGAUAGUCGAUUUUUUCUGCAUGUUUGAGAGAGAAAGUAUUAAUUUGUUUUGUUUUGUUGAAUCUUCAAACCUUAUGUUCCAAAUUUUUAUUUUGGCAUUGAUGUUAAUUUUAUUGAGUUUUCGAUAGGAUAUUGAUAACAGCACAGAUUACAUCCGAGAUGUAGCGAGAUAAGAGAUCUGAUUUCAAAGUUCGGCUGAUCCACUUCUCGAAUAGAUCACUAUAAUAAAAAGUUAUGGCCAAAUAAAUGGCAACACAGUUGAACGUUGUUUAAGUACCAAAUUUGAUUAUACAUGGGUGCCUACCAUCAUUGUUUUGGGAAUUGGGUUGAGCAGAGAACCGAUUUAUUUAAAUAGGCUAAAGGUGUUAUAGUCUCUCUCUGUACUCAAAAGUUUAUUAUAGACUGACAAGAUACCGUAUGUAGAAAUAAUGGCAAACAAAGCAAAGAAUGUACGUUUUGAAAAUUAAGAAUGCUUCUGUAACAAAACAUUUUUGAGCCUGUAAAUGGUCAGAAUAGUUUUUUGUAAAAUAUUAAAAUUAUCUUGUUAAGUCGUUUAACGUUUAGUCAUAAAGCAAUACUAAACGUGUUUUUGAACUAUCUUGAAUUGUACGCAAAAUCAGAAAGCUGAAUUUUCAAUUCAAGUAAGUAAUUUUUUAGUCCAUUUUAGUCCUAGUUCUACUUUUUUUUUUAUCUUGGGAUUUCUAAAGUGUUUGGGGUUUUUUAGAUUUCGCCAUUUCCGUGAAGUGUGCUCGACGAGCUGUUUGUAUCUUUCAAUUCAUGGUUUAUUCGAAAAUUUGAACCAUUGAAACACAUUUAAAUCGGGAAUAUUGUUCAAUGUCAGGGGUUUCUGAUUCUGAGCUACUCGAUAUGGAACCACAUCAAUUUAUCAAUUGAAAGGAAACUUACAGCUUUUGCAACCCCCGAAACUAAAGUUUUGUUUUUUUUAGAAAUGGGACACUUUCUUUUGGUUCCUUGGGAUCGGUCAUGAAAAUUUUUGACAGCGUUGUGUUAGUUAUGAAAAGUACUAUUCUGCCUUUUUCCAGAAUACAAAAUUUACGCUUUUCCCAAAUAUUGACGAUACACGAGAAGUGCACACAUAUUGUGCAUAAUUUCCUUCAAAAUCGUUCAUUAUUCAAUUAAGAAUGUAACAAACUAAAAAAGUAGUAGUUUUGUAAAAAGUAUCAUGAUUGGCAAGAAUCUGCUUCUGUGGUGAGAAAGACAGAGUUUUCAUGACAAAAGAUCUUGUUUUCGCUGACAUUGAAGGCCUAAAUAGAGUAUUCUAGUUUUUUUUACUAAUUUUCUUGUCAGAUUUCGUCAGCUCCAGCUGAUUCCAGCUGAUGUGGAAACGUUUUUCAGUAAAACAAAAAUAGUCAAACCCAGUUAAUUCCCAAGCAGUAAAAUCCACCAACCAAAUUGUCCCCUGUUCUUUUUAAAACGGAAAUAUUGGAUUAUUGAAGAUUGGGAAUUUAAGAAAAAGGUUGCAGUCAUCUAAAAUAUUGAUUAAAUGAGGUAUUGGUGGAAAAAACUGACCGAUGCGAUGAAUGAAAAAGUGUGCGUUUAUAUAAUAAAUGUAGAUAUCAACAGUAAAAGAGGAAUAUUUCUCUACGUUAAUAUUUUUUCUUAAUUUUAUACGAAUUGUCAUAUGUCGUAUGUUACUUUUUAGAAAGUUUUUUGAUCAAAUUAAUGGUUUUGAAGAUACACUUAUUCAUAACUGUCGCAUUUCUAAAAAAUAAGCUUUACGAACAAGUUGGCAUUUUAGUGACUGUGAAAUAUGUAUUUAGUAUAACAUGAAUACCAACACUAGAAAGUAUACUGUUGAAAAUAAUUUCGCCUUGAAAUAAUCCGCUUCGUGAUUGUUUAUAGUCGAAAUUGCUAAAUUAAUUUUAGUUUUUGUUUCUCAGUCCAUUCAAUUUUAGUUAGAUCGAUAAAGAUAAUUAUUUAGUUAUUCAAUUAUUUAUUUUACGUUUACAAAUAUGUUUAUUUAUUUAUUUAUUUAUUUACUUUUUUGUUAAUAUGGAAAUUAAAACAUUUACCUUUGUAUCAAUCACCUCAAUAUGAAAUAAUUUCACGGUAUAUGAAUUAUAAUUGAGACCUUGGGGACAAAAAUCAAAAAAAUCUGAAAAAUCAUCAAUUAAAGUUUGAAGUAUGAAGAAUUGUUGUUUGGAAUUAUUAGCUCAAAAUCGACCAUUUUUCCACUUAUACCCCUUUGGCUCUGAAUCUUCCAUUAUUAUUUUUCGUAUUGUUCUGUUUUAAUUCUAAAUCGACGUGUGUCGUCAUAUUAAGCGGAUCAGUAUUUUCUCAUCGCACGUAUUUCGAGACGAUGCGAUGGUUUAAGAAAAUGUGCUUAAGUAUGCAGUUUGAAAAAUUUAUACUUAAAAGGGAUGCAUUUAAGUCGCUUUAAUUUUAAGUAAUGUAGAUAGAUUACGAUAUACAAAAGUUGGAGGGCUUUGAAAUACGAAUGCACAACGUGCUUUUCACUGCCCUGGCCAAUGGCAAAUGAACACUAAACUAUUAGUCAAUUUCUCAAUACAUCAUCACGUGGAGUAUGUUCAACACAUAUUUCUUAAAUGAUCAAUAACUAUAAGCAAAAAAGUGUCCAUAUUAUCAGAAUAUUACAGAUUGUCACUGUUAUGCAUUUCAGAACU